UGAUGGGGUGGAAUGGGAGGAUUCAUCGUCCUAAUAAUCCUUCACAAACACGUUGUAAAGCCGUUGUUUUCCCGCUCUCUCAAAACCGUGUGCUCCAUCUUCCACUUGAAUUAAAUACAUUCAAACUCUCUUCAGAAUCAAGAGAAUCCCUGAAUUCUUGCAUGCAUUUCUUGCUGCAAUUGAAAGAAUAAAUUCUGAGAAAUAGAAGAAAAUGAUGAUGUCCGAGUCUGAUCAGCAAAAGCCGCCGAUUGUACUGUCCGACGAUUCCAGUAAACAACAGCUUCAAAUGGAGCCUGCCCCUGCCAAUUAUGGGUGCAAACAUUAUAGGAGGAGAUGCAAGAUCAGGGCCCCUUGUUGUGACGAGGUUUUCGAUUGCAGGCAUUGCCAUAAUGAAGCUAAGAACGCCCUUGAGAUCAAUCCCCUUCAUCGACAUGAUGUCCCUCGCCACCAUGUGAAAAGGGUCAUGUGUUCCUUAUGUGGCACCGAACAAGAUGUUGGACAGAACUGUGUAAGUUGUGGAGUUUGCAUGGGGAACUACUUCUGUGAAAAAUGCAAAUUCUUCGACGAUGAUGUCUCGAAGAAACAAUACCACUGUGAUGAAUGUGGGAUAUGCAGAACUGGUGGCAGGGAGAACUUCUUUCACUGCAGCAAUUGCGGGUGCUGCUAUUCGAACUUGAUUAAGGAUGCGCAUCGUUGUGUGGAACGAGCAAUGCAUCACAAUUGUGCAGUUUGCUUUGAGUUCUUGUUUGACUCGACAAGGAACAUUGCUGUUUUGUUAUGUGGACAUACGAUACAUAUGGAAUGUGUCAAAGAGAUGGAGCGUCAUCGCAGAUACGCGUGUCCUGUCUGCUCAAAGUCCAUUUGUGAUAUGUCAAAUGUAUGGAGAAAGCUUGAUGAAGAGAUUGCUUCAACUCCUAUGCCGGAGAUGUACAAGAACAAAAAGGUGUGGAUACUAUGUAACGACUGUGAGGAGACGUCCGAAGUUCAGUUCCACAUUGUGGGGUACAAAUGCUUGAGCUGCAGCUCUUACAAUACUAGACAGAUUCAAGGUGGCCCUCCACCUUCAUGCUCAUCUAGAGUUGCCGAGGUAGUAAGAUGAUUUCCGAUUAACGUUAAAACCCUCGAGAGGAUGGUGCUGUUGGAGCACAGUUGUUGUGCCUUAAGGCUGUUCUUUACUCCUCCAGAAGGGAGGAGAAGAAAAUGUGGUAGGAAGCAACUUUUUUGUGCAAUAUUUUUAAAAAGGAAAGUCUAUUUGUUACCCUUAAUUACAAGGCUAUUGAGCCCUUUGGGGACAGCAUGAAUUUUACAAGGUUUUAGAAUCACUGACUUG